UUGACUGCUGUAGGCUGUUCGCUCCCCUCCAUUUCAGGCGCAAAUGACCUGAGUGAAUGGAAAUGGAAACGGAGUUACCUGUAUAGCCUACUCAGGUAUCUAUUUUUCUCUGCCCUGGUUGAACUUUUGUGAAGUUGUUUCUGUUUAUGUCCCUCAACAGAAACGACAAUGAAUACAAUCUGCGUAGUAUGAGCAAACCUAUUGGCGGCAUGAGGAAGAAAGUGACGGACGAUAGAGAGCGGCGGAGUCUCAUAAGAGCGCCGUCUGAAUCGAGCAUCAACAACCCGGGCGUCACCUCUGCCGCCCGCGAACCGGAGCUCGCCACCAACCAGGAUGUCACACCGGUGUUCGUGUACGUCUUGGCGUUUUUUUCAGCCCUGGGCGGCUUCCUUUUUGGCUAUGACACCGGGGUGGUCUCCGGGGCAAUGCUUCUCCUGAAAAAAGAAAUGCAUUUGACCGCUCUAUGGCAGGAGUUGUUGGUCUCCAGUACUGUGGGUGCAGCGGCGCUCUCUGCCCUGGCUGGCGGGGCUCUGAAUGGGCUCUUCGGGCGCAGGAUCUGCAUACUAAUGGCGAGCUUCAUUUUCACUGCCGGAGGAGUUGUGUUAGGUGCUGCUCCAAACAAGGAGGUUCUUCUUGUCGGAAGGAUUACAGUUGGUUUGGGAAUAGGGAUUGCCUCCAUGACGGUUCCUGUUUACCUUGCGGAGGUCUCCCCACCACACCUGAGGGGUCAGCUGGUCACCAUUUACACCCUCUUCAUCACGGCCGGCCAGUUUAUUGCCAGUGUUGUGGACGGGGCCUUUACUUACCUGCACCACAACGGCUGGAGGUACAUGUUGGGUCUGUCCAUUGUCCCUGCGGUGCUCCAGUUCUUUGGUUUCCUCUUCCUGCCAGAGAGUCCCCGCUGGCUCCUUCAGAAGGGCCUUACCCAGCAGGCCAGGCAGGUGCUCAGCAGGAUCCGCGGGGGCCAGAACAUUGAAAAGGAGUACGACAGCAUGAGGACCAACAUCGAGGAUGAGGAGAAGGAGGCAGGAGGUGGCCCUGUACUGUGGCGUAUGCUGACUCGCCCAUCCACCCGCAGAGCCCUGACUGUAGGCUGCGGCCUGCAGAUGUUCCAACAGCUCUCUGGGAUCAACACUGUCAUGUACUACAGCGCCACCAUCCUGCAGAUGGCGGGAGUGAGGGACGACAAGCAGGCCAUCUGGUUGGCUUCCGCCACAGCCGCCACCAACUUCCUGUUCACCCUGGUGGGGGUGUGGCUUGUGGAGAGAGUAGGACGCAGGAAGCUGACGCUGGGGAGUUUAAUAGGUACUGUUUUGAGUCUGACGGUCUUGGCUGUAGGGUUUCUGCUGUCAGCCCAGCACUCGCCUGCAGUCACGCUCCACCCCACUGACCCCACUCUCAACUCCACCUCCUGCACACUAUAUGGGUCCUGUGAGCCCUGCAUGUUGGAUCCUGGCUGUGGGUUCUGUUACCGUGAGAACGGUUCCACUGUAUACGACUCUUCCUGCAUACCUGUCAAUCAAACAUCCGCUGAUGAGGCCGCCUGGGGCAGGUGUUCCAAUCUGAGCCAGUUCAGUGAUGGGUCUCUCUGGGCCUAUAACUACUGCCCCACUUCCUACUCCUGGAUAGUGCUGCUUGGGCUCAUCCUCUACCUGGCUUUCUUUGCUCCAGGUAUGGGGCCAAUGCCGUGGACAGUGAACAGUGAGAUCUACCCUCUGUGGGCCAGGAGCACUGGGAAUGCCUGUUCAGCCGGAGUCAACUGGAUCUGUAACGUCCUGGUGUCACUCACCUUCCUCCACGUCGCUGAGUACCUCACCUACUAUGGUGCGUUCUUCCUCUACUCAGGCCUGACUGUGCUGGGGCUGCUGUUUGUGCUGGGCUGUCUGCCAGAGACCCAGGGCCGCAGGCUGGAGGAGAUGGAGGCCCUGUUCUCUGGAAGCCUCUGCUCCUGCGGGGCGUCUGACGGGGAUGGGGACGGGUCCAGAAACAUCCUGUACAACAGCGUAAAAGGGAGCGACAUCCUCUCAGACAAUGAUGCCUCGGACAUGGAGUAGACUUGGAGCGUCUAGGAAGCUUUUUUGUCUUUUCUGUCUCUCUCUCUCACACCUUCUUGUACUUUGGUUGGUGGACCUACAGGCAGUGGUGUUAAACUCACUUGAUUACUGGGCCUUUAGGGUAUAGCAGCUCUCCUAACUGGCUGGUGGACGAGACUCCAACUCUCCUAACAACAUAGCAUGUGAUUUACUGUAGCUGUGGAUGUCUAUGGUGGAGUUGGUACUUGAAAUACUUCCUUUUGUGUAUUGGUAGCUACAAUUGAUGUUUUGAAAUUUUCUAGCCCCAUAGAGAGUUCAGCCAAGUGCAUUAUGGAGUUGGACGGUGGCAUAGCAUAUACAGUGCCUUGCAAAUGUAUUCAUCCCCCUUGGCGUUUUUCCUAUUUUGUUGCAUUUCAACCUGUAA